GUCUUCAUCUCAGCCACAGCAGUACCUCGCCGACAAACGAGUUCACGUCCCAAGACAUUGACGAAGGACCUGCUCUUCCCGGUUAUCUCCCAGAGGACGACCAGCGCAGCACCUGAUGUCAUCAUCAGGCGCAAAGUUCAUGAACAAAGCGAAGAGAGACAGGGAGCUCAGACGACAUGCGAUUGGUUGUGGCAAGUCAUCCAGCCAAAUGAGGAAAUCGUCGACUUGGUUUAGACACGGUUCUUCACAUUACACCGCACCUUCCUCAUACGGUACAGGGACUCUCCCAGCUGCGCUCUGGAGAAUGUGGAAGAGUGGGUAGCGCGCACAUUGCAAGAAAGGAGGAGCAAAAGAGCUGG